AUGCCAGACGCCAAGCGAUGGGUCAAGCUCGUUACCCACCAAAAGCCCAUUGACGAGCCUUCACCUGUCGAGGGCUUUCCCAUGCGAACAUGGAGUAUAGAGAUCUGGCUACUUGACGACCAGGGUAACGAGGUCAUGCCCAACGUCUUUGAGAAGGCUGUCUACAACCUCCACCCGUCAUUCGAGAAGCCCAAGCAUGUCCUCAAGAAGCCUCCUUUCCGUAUCGAGGAGAAGGGCUGGGGUGAGUUCGACAUGACCAUUGUCCUGACCGCUGUCGGCAAAGGCGGCGACCACACCCUCGAACAUGAUCUCAACUUCCAGUCUGAGCGCUACGAAGCCAAGCACCAGGUGACCUUCCGAAAUCCCAAGCCGGAGCUCCUCGCCCUCCUCGCAGAGUCCGGUUCCGCCGAGGCAAACGGUAUGCGCAACAAGGAUGCUAUCAAGAAGAAGAGCCGAAAGGACAAGAACGUCGAUAUGGAGAAGCUGGCGGAUGGCCUACAAAAGCUUGGCGAAGACGACCUCCUGCACGUUGUCACUAUGGUCCACGACAACAAGACGAGCGAGACGUACACGAAGAAUGAUGUAGAGAACGGUGAGUUCCAUGUCGACCUGUACACGCUACCCGACUCCCUCGUGAAGAUGCUAUGGGACUUCACGGCCUCCAAGGUGGACCUGUAA